CGCGCGUCGUGUACAAACAAAGAACAUCUGCGGUUUUGAAAGUGAUGUUUCAUUGUGUAGUGUGCCGAUUUGCAGUGAUUCUGUGGUGUUAUGUUACCUAUUGGAUACAUUUGGAGACACGACAAGGCUUGCUUAGAGUGUGAGAAAGGUACAGAACCAUAAUGAUUAAAGACUACCAAAAGUAGAAACUUGUAAUUAAAACAGAAUUCUAACUCUCGAAUCAGGGUUAACAAACCGGCCCUUGUAUAUAUACCUGUAUAUACAUAUGUAUAAAUAAUUAUGGAUGCUGAAAUGCUAGCUACUGAAGACAUCAAGAUAGAAAUGGAGGAGUUUGAAUUCCAGGCAGUAGAGACAGUCCCCAAGCUAUUUGCACAUGAUAACGCCUCUUGGAAAUUAAGUGUUGAAUUUGAUGACGAUCAAAACACAAGAAAUGCAGUUUUGGAUGGAACUGCACUCUAUGUGUGGGCUGUUAGUGAGCACAAUUACGCUAAGCCUUGGGUAAAAAGUGAAGCAGAAGAACUGAAGGUUAAAAGCUAUCUUGAUGACAGCAAGACAUAUCCACUUUUUGAAAUAAAGGAGGAACUCAUCAUCAAAGAUGAGUGUAAUGAUGAUGAUACAUUCUUAGUUACAGAUGCUGAAACAUUUCCUGAUAGAGAAAGGUACAGAACCACAUUAAAGACUACCAAAAGUAGACACUUGUAAUUAAAACAGAAUUUUAACUCUCGAAUGAGGGUUAACCAACCGGCCCUUGUAUAUAUACCUGUAUAUAUGUAUAAAUAAUUAUGGAUGCUGAAAUGCUAGCUUCUGAAGACAUCAAGAUAGAAAUGGAGGAGUUUGAAUUCCAGGCAGUAGAGACAGACACCAAGCUAUUUGCACAUGAUAACGCCUCUUGGAAGUUAAGUGUUGAAUUUGAUGACGAUGAAAACACCAGAAAUGCAGUUUUGGACGGGACUGCACUCUAUUUGUGGGCUGUUAGGGAGCACAAUUACGCUAAGCCUUGGAUAAAAAGUGAAGCAGAAGAACUGAAGGUUAACAGAUGUCUUGAUGACAGCGAGAUAUAUCCAGUUUUUGAAAUAAAGGAGGAAAUCAUCAUCAAAGAUGAGUGUAAUGAUGAUGAUACAUUCUUAGUUACAGAUGCUGAAAAAUAUCUCGAUAGAAGUGGUGGUGAAUAUAGUGGGGAUAAUGGUCAAAAUGUUGCUCCCGCUGAAGCUAUUGACAAAAUAAAUGAGAUGGGAAUAAGAAUUGUGAGGGAUGCAGAAUAUCACGAAAAUAUGGAAUAUUUUUGCCAAAAUGCAUACACACUUCACCAUGAUGGAAAAGCGGAAGCGGAUCUUUCAUCGUCAAGAAGUGCUUUAAAUCAAGAAGUCCCGAUAGAACAGCAGACUGUAGACCAAAAACCAAACACAGAGUCAUUGUUUUGUCUUAAUAAUGAUUAUUCUGCUAGUUCUAAGUAUAGUCUUAUUAGUAGUAAGAAGGAACGUAGAAAUCAGAAUAGUAAAAACAGGCAAGGUUCAAGGCGUGAACUUAACAGACGUAACUGGCUCGGUAUCCUCGUAUGUAUUCAUUGUAAAGCAAAAUUCAAAAGGAAACAGAUGCUGGGUGAUCAUAUAGUCAAAAAACAUCCCGACUUUAUUGCGUCUGUUUCUAUUAAAAUACAUGAAUGUAAGUAUUGUGAAUAUAAAACAACUAUUUCCACCUGUUUGACUAAACAUAUGUUGAAACAUCGAACACAAGUAUCCCCCAUAUGUAGUUACUGUAAAAAAUAUAUAAAAAUAAGAAAACACUGGAUGAUCAUAUACUCAAGGAACAUCCUAACUUUAUCGCAGCCGUUUCCAGUGAAAUACAUCAAUGUACCCAUUGCACUUAUAGAACAACUAUCAAACUUAGUCUUGUUAGACAUAUGUUGAUACACUCAGAGUAUAAAUCAAUUACAUGUGUUCACUGUGGGGCGAAGCACCAAAAUGGAACGAAACUAUAUGAACAUAUAGUUCAAAAACAUAGUGACUUUAUUGCAUCCGUUCCUAGUAAAAUACAUGAAUGUACACUUUGCACUUACAAAACAUCUAUCAAGAGUGGAUUUGAUAGACAUAUGUCAAAACAUAUAGAGACAGGAGAUAACCAUAAAAUCAACAUAUGUAUUCACUGUAAGGCAAAAUUCAUGGAUAAAACGAGACUAAGUGAUCAUAUAAUCAAAAAACAUCCUGACUUUAUUUCAUCCGUUCCUAGCAAAAUACAUGAAUGUACACUUUGCAAUUAUAAAACAACUAUCAAGGGUCUUUUUCUUAGACAUAUCUUUAAACAUUCAGAGACUGGAGAUAGUUACAAAUUCUACGCAUGUUUUCACUGCGAGGAAAGAUUCAGAACUGAAAGGAGACUAAAUCAUCAUAUAAUCAAAAAACACCCUGACUUUAUUGCAUCAGUUACUCGUAAAAUACUUGAAUGUACACAGUGCAAAUAUAAAACAACCAUCAAGCAUAAUUUGACUAUACAUAUGUUAAACCAUUCAAAGGCAGAGGAUAACAGUAAAUUCGGAAUAUGUCUUCACUGUAAUGCAAAAUUCACAACGAGAAGGACAUUAGACGAUCAUAUAAUCAAGAAACAUCCUGACUUUAUUGAUUCUGUUUCUAGUAAAAUACAUGAAUGUAUGGAUUGCGAAUAUAAAACAACCUUUAAGGCUACUUUAUGUUCACAUUUGUUGAAACAUUCAAAGACAAGAGAUAACUAUAAAUUCAGAGUAUGUAUUCACUGUAAGGCAAAAUUCUACACUAACGUGGGUCUGAAUGAUCAUAUAAUCAAGAAACAUCCUGACUUUAUUGAUUCUGUUUCUAGUAAAAUACAUGAAUGUCCACAUUGCUCUUUUAAAACAACCAUCAAGAGUUGUUUUGUAUAUCAUAUGUCGUCACAUCCGGACUGUGUAGAUAACUAUCAAUAUCUCAUAUGUAAUCAUUGUAAUGCGAAAUUCAGAAAAAAAAUAUUACUGAAUGAUCAUAUAAUCAGGAAACAUCCUGACUUUAUUGAUUCUAUUUCUAAUAAAAUACAUGAAUGUAUGGAUUGCAAAUAUAAAACAACCUUAAAGUAUGCUUUUGCUAGGCAUUUGUUGACACAUUCAAAGACAGGUGAUAACUAUAAUUUCAGCGUAUGUAUUCACUGUAAGGCAGAAUUCAAAAGUAAAACGGACCUGAAUGAUCAUAUAAUCAAGAAGCAUCCCGACUUUAUUGAAUCCGUUUCUAGUAAAAUACAUGUAUGUCCACAUUGCACUUAUAAAACAACCUACAAAAGUGGUUUGGCUUACCAUAUGUUGACACAUCCAACGUCUGUAGAUGACUAUAAAUAUCUCAUAUGUAAUCAUUGUAAUGCGAAAUUCAAGAGCAAAGUAUUACUGAAUGAUCAUAUAAUCAGGAAACAUCCUGACUUUAUUGACUCUGUUUCUAAUAAAAUACACGAAUGCACGGAUUGCGAAUAUAGAACAACCUUCAAGUUUCUUUUAGAUAGACAUAUGCUGAAGCAUUCGGAGACAGGGGAGAGCCAUAAAUUCAGCAUAUGUGUUCACUGUAAGGAACAAUUCAAAAAUCAAAGGUUACUGAAUGAACACAUAAUCAGGAAACAUCCUGACUUUAUUGCAUCCGUGUAUAGUAAAAUACAUGAAUGCCCGCAGUGCGGAUUUAAAACAAUCAUGAAGGAUUGUUUUGCUCGCCAUAUGUUGAAACACUCAGAGUUAGUAGCUGGUUCGUCUGUAUAACUUGUAAAUUUGACCAAUAUGCGGUGAUGAAUUGAAAAUAAAUCGCAUUGUUUCAAUACGGGCAUGGCAACAAUUCCACAAAUGUGCUAUAAAUGAAGCGACCCUACUAACUGUGGGACGCCACCGCCUUCCCGCCCAGUUAGCAAAGUAGUGGAAGUUUUUGAUAAAAAAAAACGGUCAAGUCGUAAAAGCUGUCUUUUGUUGUUGCCUGAACAUUUGAGUAUCUUGAUAUGUUUGAAAUAAUUCUGUUGAAACAGUACUUUACUAUCCACAUACGAGGGAUGUCUUUUAAGUGUUGCAUGUGGAAAUAAAACAACAAGGUAGGUAGUUUUAAAUGACUUUAUUGUUUUUCGAAGUAUUCUCCACGAAGAUUAAUACACAUCUGCAUGCGCUCGAACCAAUUUUCGAAGCACUUAUUCCACUCGUUUGCUGGCAGAUCCAAAACGGCAUUUUUGAAUGCGUCAACUGCUUCUUCUGGUGACUGGAACCUUUAACCACGCAGUCUGUUUUUCAUUUUCGGGAAAGUAAAGAAAUCGUUAGGACUUAGAUCGUUUUCUUCCGUUAAAUACUGCCUUGUUUUUUUGGGCUGUAUGCGAGCUUGCAUUGUCUUGGUACAUUUAUCUGAAUUUCUAAAAUGUUCUAGCUAUUAUAUAAUUGGGGAUAUUCUAUGAGUUUCAGUGUAUCUACGUACUUUUAAUUAUUAAGAAGUUUUGUAUAGUAUUAUGUGAUAAUGUGUUUUUGACAUCACUUGUUAAAUGUCUACUUUUUAAUAUAUGUUGCUGAAAUUAAAUUUUAUUUGUAUAAUAGAUUUAAUUGCACUACAC